CUAGGGGCAGUGUAAAUAAACAAUAUCUUAUUUAUUCUCUUAUUAUUUCUACUAUAUUAUAUAAUUCGUUAAUAUUCGCCCUACAGUGGCCUCAUUGAUCUCUGACUGAAUGAGACCUGGAGUUAAAAUUAACCCGCAUUGCCUAACAGAGCGCGGACACAUUGAAUGCUCUCAUUCUAGCGCGCCAAGACGCCGCGUGUCAGAGCAGCUCCGGACUCUUCCGCGUGCACGUGUGCUGCACCUCCGCAAAGCGAGGAACAACAGUAAACAAUCUUUACUGAAACCCCUACUAAAACUAAAGCCCAGAAACAGAAAAAUGACAUCUAAAAAGCACAGUUUACUGAGAGAAGCUUCUCAUCAGAUCAUUGCGGGCGGAUCAGCAGGUCUUGUGGAGAUUUGCUUGAUGCACCCGUUGGAUGUUGUGAAGACCAGGUUUCAAAUCCAGAGAGGGAAGGGUGACCCAAACAGCUAUAAAGGCCUUGGAGACUGUUUCAGAACGAUAUUUCGGACUGAGGGAGUGUACGGCUUCUACAAAGGCAUCCUUCCCCCCAUUUUGGCCGAGACCCCAAAGAGAGCAGUGAAGUUUUUUACCUUUGAGCAGUACAAGAAGCUGUUGAGCUUCACUCCUUUAUCACCCGCCAUGGCUCUCUCUGUGGCUGGCCUGGGGUCAGGGUUAACCGAGGCGCUGGUUGUAAAUCCAUUUGAAGUAGUGAAAGUGAGCCUACAGGCCAAGAGGGAUUCAUUCAAAGUGCAACCCUCUACAUUUGCACAGGCUAGAACGAUUAUAAACACAGACGGCUUCGGUCUCCGUGGGCUUAAUAAGGGCCUGACCUCCACCCUAGGACGGCAUGGCGUUUUCAACAUGAUCUACUUUGGUUUCUACUUCAAUGUUAAAGAUGCCAUACCUGCCAGUCAGGACCCUCGACUGGAAUUCAUGAGGAAGUUUGCAAUCGGUUUGGUGUCAGGAACAGUCUCGUCCUGUGUGAACAUUCCUUUUGAUGUCGCUAAAAGCCGUAUCCAGGGUCCUCAGCCCGUUCCAGGGGAGAUCAAGUACCGCAGCUGCUUUCAGACCAUGGGUCUUGUGUACCGUGAGGAGGGAUAUCUUGCCUUAUACAAAGGACUGAUUCCCAAGAUAAUGAGACUUGGACCAGGAGGCGCAAUCAUGCUUCUGGUUUAUGAAUACGUAUCUGGUUGGCUCCAGAAGAACUGGUGAUCAUCCGCUCAUCAGCAUCACUCUGUACUCCAUCCCUCCCCAGGUCGAUCAAACACAAUGCCAUGACUGUUCCUCAACAAUCACACUACCAAUCACAUUCAAAAUCACAGCUCCUCAGACAGGUGACAUGUAGACUCUUCACCACGGAUGCUUAGCACAGUCACUCCCUGGAUCAUGACAUUCCAAGUCUUGUUUAUAUAUAACAGAACACAACUACUGAGACAUUGAAGAGCUACCUGUCCACAUGCCUGCAUAUGUAAUAGUAACCAAAGCAGCUCUACACACCCUAACUGAAAACGCCAACCAGAAACAGCACCUUAUUUUUAACCUAAAUUAAGAAUUUUUGACUGAGCAAGACUGAACUACAGUAAACCUAAAGAAUGCGUCUACCUUCUACUGGAUGGCUUCCUUAGGACUUUAAGUUUAUUAGAUUUAAUUAAGAAUUCAUCAUACUGUAUGUGACUUUCCAUGCCAUUCAAAGCUUUUAAGGUCUUACUUUUCAAAAGCCGUGUCAUUGAUGUUUCAAAUUCAAAGCACACUUGAUACGCUUAACACUUGAAAACGCGUUAAGCAAAGUCAAACUUGUAAAUUUAGACAAAAGCAUAAAUUAAAUUAUGGGCAUUUAAAUUCUGGGAUUUCAAAAUCAUUUUUGAUAUAAAAUAGUUAUAAAACAGCUAUUACGGUUUUAUGCAAAACGUUUUGGAACUCCUUGCGGAAUCUGUAAAAAUGUGAAUAAUUUUAACAAAAUAAGAGAGAUUAUACAAAAUGCAUGUUCUUUUUUAUUUAGCACUGUCCUGAUGUUUACAUAUAGUCCACAAGACUAAAAAAAAAUAGCUGAAAUUAGUAAAAUAACCCCCUGCAAAAGUUUGUGAACCCAUGGUUCUUAAUACUGUGUGUGGUUACCAUGAUGAUCUAUGACUGCAGAUUCUUGAACUCUUUCCAGCAGUGACUGUAUGAUUUUGAGACCCAUCUUUUCACCCUGAGGAC